AUGGUUGGUGGCAGCUGGCCAUCCGUGGUGACCUUUCUGCGCGUCUUCCAUGGCGCUCUGACUGACUUGGAUGAGGUGUUCCUCCCUAGCUAUUACCACUUCUGGCCACUCCAGGACUUUUGGCCGAACACUGCGCUGGUGCUUGUUUGGGAUGAGGAGUCGGAAGAGGAUCGGCGUGUGGCCGGACGCCUGCAUGCGAAGUGGGACGCCCUCUUCGCGGCGAAAGAGGGCGCGGCAGGCAACCUCGAGCAGAGGAAACGCAGCUCGAGUUGGAUUGACCUUUUUGAGGGAAAGCCGCCGCCAAACAUGGUCUGCGACGUGAAGAAGCAGGGUGGCACAGAUCGUGUGUCCAACUAUGGUUACAUACGGCAGGCAAACUCGUUCUACGAGGCCGAUCAGACACUCCUCCGGAACUCGGCUUUUGUCCUCAGCCAGACCAAGAUUGACCUGGACAACGAUGACGUUUUCAUUUUGCUGUGUGACUCUGAUAUGGCCUUCGUUGCCCCGGCACAUCCGCGCUCCCUUUUCGACCACAGGAAUGCCACGGGCCAAGCAGUGUUUCAGCCCCGUCUGCUGGGUGUUUGGGGGCGCUCCGCCGAGGGCGGAAUCUCCCAAGAGACCAAUUUCCAGAGCACACCUUCAGUGGCCACCUUUAUGGAUCAGCAGCCAUGGCUGGUUCGGCUUCGGGACUUCGCGCAGAUUCGCGAGCGCAUUCGGCAGGCCGUCUUCAGCAACGUGCACCGGUUCUUCAUCGCCGACGCCCGAAAAUUCUGGCCCCAGGACUGGCCAGGGUUGGAGGACGUACCCGUGGCGCUGGUGCGCUGGACGGGGAUUAGUGGGGCAGAGAUGACUGAGCUUAUCCGAUUUCAUACCCACAGGCCUGCGCGCCCUUUGAGGUCCUUCUACAAGCAGCCAGACAUGCGCACUGGGGAGUUACCUUUCAAAGACAUGCAGAUUGCAUGGCUCGAAAGCGUCAACAUGUCACAGGCACCAGAGCGACGUGAGCCUACGUUUGAGAGCUUCAGCUUCUCCACAGCAAUGGGGCUAGUAUGGAGAUGCGCGCAUAUUACCCAAGUGCUCUCGCUUCAUGAUCGCAGCGCAUCCAACGCCAACGUCCUGCUGAACAAUCUGUUCUGGAUGCCGCAGAAGCGCAACUACAGCUGGUACUUCCGGAGGCUCACCAGCCUUCCAGAUCCCGUUUUGCAAAGUACCAUGAAUAAGGCCAGAUCUGGUGGCUUUCCAGUAGACUCGAGGUUGGAAAAGUGGUACCAAGAGUAUGUAGCCAGCAAGUUCAAAGAGCCGGCGCUGGUCCAGUCCUUCCCGCUCAGCCGCUUCCACCUCUCAGUGCUUCGCCAGCAUGACCUCUCCACACCCAAGGGUGCCAGGCGGGCGGCAUGGGCUUUGUCCCGCUCUGCUGGCUCUGCUGGCUCUGCUGGUGUGGCAUGCAAGGACCACCCGCAUGGCCACAAAAUCCUGGUGCACUGGAAUGCAGUGAAGACAGCACGCCAAGAGGCGCGUGAGAAGUUCGGGGGUGAAGUGAUUGAAGUGAAUGAAGUGAAUGCGACUGAGACGUUCAUGCCACAGAGCCGCUAUGCUCUGCUCCAGAUUUGCUUGUAUGAUGCUCUUUGGAGUGGCAUCUGGGGUGCCGAGUCACCAGAGCUGGGCAACCCGAGCGGAGCGGACUCGCUGGGCCUAGGCUUCGGACGGCGACUUGCCGAGCAGUGCUGCGCCCACUUCCCCAGCCGCUGGUGCAAGAAUCGCACAGGCGACAGAAGCCCCCGAGCUCGUUGGAUCCACGUCUUCCCCCAAAUUUGGGGCGAGAGAUGCCCAGCCUCCCGAAGGGACCAGGCGGUCUGGGAGUGCCCCACUGCGAAGAUCUUUGAGGAGGAGGCCUUCUGGCGGGUGGCGAUGAUCUUAAACCAGCACCUUCUCAGGAACCCCUUCUUUGGCCAGCCCUGUGAGCUACAGGUGUGGGAGUCUCCGGAGCUCCUCUUGGACCGUUUGUACCUUUCCUCGCUGGACGAGACCCUCUUGGACUCCAGUGUCUCUCCCGACCGGUCGGCUCAGUUCUCCCUGGGUGCAAGGAGCUUGAAAGUGGAGCGUGCACAUCAUUUCGGAACAGAGGGCGACUGUGACACCUUUGACCUGCCACAUGCACUGCAAUGCCACUACGAGAACUUGCGGGCUUUGGUGCGAGACCGCAAUGGGUGGAUGCAUUGGUUGCUAUAG